GUGCGGCAUCGUUGCGUCGGGUUGUGUCAAAGUCGGUUUUUGUGAUUCCUUAGAAAUUAAAUCGAACUGCUCGGAAGUUAAUGAGCAUUUCUCUUCGACGUAGAGUCGAUAAGUCAACAUGAUGCUGUUAAAUCUCUCAAAAAAAUACAUCUGGCACCAAUGCGUCCAGUGCAAUGGCAGUCAAGUCUAAUUCCGGAUGGAUUUUCCCUUUUUGAAUGUGACAUCGAUUCAACUCGUUUCAAUGCUCGCUUGCGAAAUUGAUAAAAGUCAUACCGAGUCACUUUUGCCUUGCCAUGUAAUUUCUACAAAUUUGAUUCGAUGGCACAGGCGCCUUCGAUACUGAAAGAGUCAAUUGGUUGCAAAAUAUUCUCAGCCGAUGUUGAUAUUUAACCAGAUAGUUCAUCUAUUUAUGGAUGGAUUCAUUAGAGGCUGUUCCGAAGAAAUGAUACUCAUUUUUGGCAUAUCUCUCAUUGACGGUAUUAUUGAGAAAUAAAUCAUACCUAAUGACGUGCAUGUUUACGUUGACCGUCGAUUUACUUUAAAUGGGUCAGUAAAUGAAUACUUGACAAGACAUGUCAUGUAUAGAAAUUUUCAAACGAGUUCUCCCGAUUGACUUACGUGCUUGAAAAAUGUAAAUUAUAAGAAACUAUGGUCACGAUUCAUAAAAAAAUAAGUAUGUCUUUAAAGUAAAGGAACCAAAGGCUUGAGAAAAUUAAUGAUCAAGCUUUAGUCCUUUAGCAUCACCAUGAAGAAUAACACAACCAGUGUUGUGACCACGAUACCAAGCAAAGUGGCAAGCGUCUCGACAGACCUGGUUAAAAUAUUAUUCACCGGAACCACAGAAACGUUCUCAGAUUUUUCGGAAAGCAAUCGGUCUACUCAGCAACUGUGGAAUGAUUCCAAAACGACGGCACAAGUGCUGCCAGUCGACACAACUAAGAGUACGCUUUGCACGACAACAACCACCAUAGAUCCUUUAGAUGAGUUUGGACCUCCGGAAGGAGUAGAAUACAUUUUCGUACCAUUGGGUGUCAUGAUCUUCGUGGUUAUACUGUCUGCAGUGGUACUUAUCAUAUCGCGGAAGAGGAAAUUGGAACGCCUGAGGCACCGGUUGAUGCCUUUAUACAACUUUGACCCCGGUGAAGAAGGCGAAGACGAUUGGGAGACCGAACUCCUGGACGAAGGCUUCAGCAGUUGCCAAAGACGCACUUAACUUUAUGACAGGGCUACCGGUCUAUGGACACUGAAGAAAACUCCGAGCUCUUUGGCGGACAUUGACGGUGAAGUAACACAUUGACAGGAAUAUUUGCAUUUACUUACCCAAAGAAGUCUGAAUCUAUGAAGAGCAGCGUUCCAUGUUUUACAGUACUUAAAGGAUGUCGCUAUUUUCGCAACGAUCAGAUCUCAGCUUCCAUUUCUAAGGUCAGGAAAGGCAAUGGUCAAAUGUCAAAGUUAAUCAAAUGUUCUCGCCGUUAACUUUCACUUGCAUAUCGUCGAUUUACUUUAAGGUCUAGUCAAAUUCAAGUACUUAAAUUCAACAUUUUUGUACUCCCUUUGGUGUGCAGUACGUAGUUGACUAAUAGUUUAUAUUUCAGUAGGGCCGAGUUACUUAGGACAUCAAACAUCUUGUUAUCACAGAUGUAACGUCAGUAAACGCGAUUCAAUUUAUACAGUAUUAUCGGUACUCGUAGUUGUAGAACUGCAGGCAUUUUUCCACAGAAAACUAAUCCAUUAUUGAGAAAAUAUCUGUUACCUCGUGGACAAGCACAUCAGAUUUUUUAUCAAAGGCUGUUAGCACUAUUCGUUCACACAGUGGCUACAUGCUUACCGUAUUCAACAAUUCAAUCAAGUCAUAUAUUUCAUUUCCUCUCAGUAUUAGAAUCGACUCCCUGAUAUACCUAGUAGUUCAUAGAUUUCGAGUCAAUCCCCUUUCAACUAAUCGUUGCGUUGAUAAUUACUUAUUAAUUUAAACGUCAGUAUUACAAGUCGAUCGUGGCUGCAUGGCUAAUUAUAGAAGUGAAAUUUUAAACUGCGAUUAUACGCGACUUAAUGAUUAAAUAUAAAAAGUUUGUUCACGAUGAGGCCUGUGAGGAAUACAUCCAUUUAACGUAUGCCCUUCGGUGGCAGUGAAGACUGCUCGUUAAAAAAGAAAAAGUAAAAAAAACAUCGAAUUCAUUAGUAAUCAAUUGAAUAUUAGAGUAUCGUUAAACAGAGACGAGCAGACCAACAUUAAAUAUCCACAAAAUUAUGCACAGGCAUUGUUAACAAGGUAAAGACGAAUGGAGCUAAUGAAAAAGAUAAAAUUCACAUUUUGCGGAUGACCAACAUGAUUGUACAAUGUACUUAGCUUCGAAGAAAAUGCGCUAAUGACUUUAUCAACGAGUAUUGCCUAUGCUUUAUUCUGUGGAUGUUGCGUGAUUCUCUGCGUAUCUAACGUUAAUUAGCGCCUUUUAUAUAUAUAAUUAAAUAUCUAUACAUAUAUUCACGUGCUUACAUAUGUGCAUAUGUAAGUUUGUCCAUUUACAUAAGCACAUACGCAGUGCAUUGUUUAAAAACUACUUAAGCUGCAAUGUACAAUCAGGGUUGUUUUUAACUCGUAGUUAAGAACCCCUUAGGGCGUUUGCGACAUUAAUUAAUAAUCUCGUAAAUGGAUUAUCUAUGAAGGUAAUAAACUCUACUUGGAAAA